AAACUAUGAGGGCAUCCUCAUCUCUUUCCCCAAUAUAUAUACCACCAACAUAUUUAUUUACAUCUCUCACUUGGCAAAUUUCAACUUCUAUUCCUCAUUCUCAGACACAAAGCAAAACAAAAAUGGGAAACUGCUUAGUUGUUGAGCAGAAAUCUGUGAGUGUAAUGAAAACAGAUGGGAAGAUCAUUGAGUACAAAUCCCCCAUCAGAGUCCACCAGAUUCUGUCUGAAUUUUCUCACCAUGCAAUCUCUGAUAAACUCCCUGUAGUAAAACACCUGCAUCCCAACACCGAGCUGCUUGGAGGCCGCUUGUACUAUCUUCUCCCCUUGCCGGCGGCACCCCAGCCGGCCAAGAAGAAGAAGAGGGUCCGUUUCUCGGAGGACGUUGUGGAGGAAGAGAGGCGACGGGCCACAGGGGCCGUGAGGAUCAAGCUUGUUAUCACCAAGCAAGAGCUGCAGGCAAUGCUGGCCAAAAAGGGAGUUUCGGUUGAACAGAUGAUUUCUCAAGUGCAGAAAGAACCACUCAAGAUCGAUAGCAUCCCACCUUUAUAGGACAAAAAACAAGAAAAAUGAACGAUACAUUUAGGUUUGGAUUAUCUAGUCGUUUUGGUUGAUCAGAAAUGUAAAAUACACUUUAUAGUUUAGUAAAUGCAUACGUACAACCUGCCUAAAGCAAAAUCCAAAAUGAAGCUAAGAAGAUUUUGGGUUUCUCAA